CCACAUCAUUUCACAUGUAACUUAUAAGCUCAGUUGGACAGACCCAGGAAAGACCUUAUUCCAAAGUACAUUGCCAGCAUGGCACCAUCCCGCCCUCAAGUUCGCAUACAUACAGACCCACCUGAAAUCUUCGAUGGAUCAAAGUCGAUCAUAGAAGCAGAAAAAGACCAGCCGACCUCCCACGGACGGUUGAACGAGAACCAGGAUGAAAAAGUCGCGAGCGAAAGCGAGAAGGAUGCCGAUGUUUCCUCUGGGCGUGCAGAUGAGAAACAGCCAUUGAAGCAAAAGAUCAAGUUGCCGCAGAAUUUGCAAUGGAUGCCAGCUAACUCUACUUGGUCCAAGUGGAAGCCCGUCAUUCGAUGCGCCCUUGCCGCCUGGGUCUCAGCAGUGGUAUUUAUUAUUCCCCGAACAGAGAAUAUAUUGGGGCAGGCAGCCUUCCUCAUAAUUAUCGCUUCUUUUUUGUCACCGCCUAGCGACCCUUUCAUGGUAGUUCUAGAACGAGAACUCAUGAUACUCGUAUCUGUAGCAUUGGGUUGGGCCUGGGUCUGCUUGGGCCUCAUGUUUGCUGACUUAGCUCGCACCCAAAAGGUACCCAACGCCAGUAUACAGAAUAUUAUUACAGGAGAGUACAUCGAAGCAGCGCCCACUGUAAUUAUUGGCGUUUUCCUCUUCAUCGGAAGCGUUUUCUUCUUGUACAUUAAAGCCAGACAAGGUCCUGGACCUUUCCUCUUCGCUUCCGUGUUUGGAUGCUUGUGUGUUGAUAUUUGCCUUAGCACCGCCGCUCUCUUUCCUUAUCCAUAUUACAAGAUCGGUCAAACUAUUAUGCUUCCCCUCGCCUUUCAUUCUGCGAUUGCACUCAUCAUGUCGAUUCUUGUGUUUCCGCAGUCUGUGUCCGCUCUGUUUACGGCGAAUUUGCAGGGGGCCAUGGCCCCUCUUGCAACGGCCAUCUCGUUGCACAGGUCUCACCUGCUCGAAGACGUCACCUCAUCCGCGUUCUCAUACACACAGAUUACAGAUGCAGCAAACAAAGCUGAGGGUGCACUGCCUAUGCUUGCAGCUGCCGCACGAUUACUGAACAUUGAUGUUGUCUAUGCACGCUUCGCACCUACCGACUACGAUGAACUGCACAAGAUCGUGCGGAAGCUGACGGUACGAGCAAAUGGCAUGGGUGUGUACUAUACACUCAUUGAUCCGACGCGAGAGCGAUUCCCUGUCACACCCGCCGCCUCUCGCCCUGCAACACCUGUUCAUUCCAGACCGCCCUCCCCUCGGCCUGAUCGGCGGUCUCCCGCGACGACAGAAGAGAAGCACGUACGCUUGACUGACCAGGAGCACAGAGAUCACAAACACUCCCGUCAUCAUCGGCGCCUAUCUUCUCGCAUGCAGUCAUAUCCUGCGAGUUCCACUUCACCUCUCCAUUCGCACCGCCCGUAUAAACACUCGCAUUCGCACCACGCCCACCACACGCGCUUGCACAGCUCCUUGAUGCACCUGGCGCUUUCUCGGGUGCCAAAGCCGUCUGUGGAAACAUCGGUAGGUGUAUUUGAAUCCCGGCAAUAUGUGAAUUUGGAGGCGAUACAUUUGUCGCAUCCGGAAUCAGCUUCCUACACUGCUAGGGCAACGGAGCUGCUCAGUAAUAGCUGCCAGGAUCUCCUGAGCGUGUGUGAAGAAGUGCUUGGAAGCUCUGGUACCUGGGUAGGUAACGUGCGGAAGCAUCCCUUCGAUUUUUUGAGGAGGCACCGUGAAGACAGGGCGCAAAUCCACGAGAAAGGUGUCCAGAAGUACAAGGACUUGCUCGAAAAGUUAACAAGGGAGCUAGAUGAAUUCAAAACCACGAAGAGGUUGACUGUUUUAGACCCAUAUCGUCCAAUUUUUGACCGCAGCUAUGACGCAUCUAGUGACGAUGAAGUUCCACCGCAUCGGUAUCUAUUCCAUUGUUAUGUGUACCAGUACCACCUCUUGCAGUUUGCAGUACUAUUGCAAGAAAUGCUCAAAGAAAUCAUUCGACUCGAAACGGAAAGAAAGAAGCCCAAAUUAUGGCUUCCUUCCUUGCCAAAGCUGUUUACCUGGACAAGAUGGGAAGCGUCCGAGACCAUCGACCACGAUGAUGACGAGGAUCCUGAAAUGAUUCCAGGCAUAAACCCUGCUUGGAUGACGGAUCUCGGAAAAGCAGUGAAACGUGAUCCCGAUGCCCUUCCUCCAAGGAAUGUGUUUGAAAUGGCCAUGAACUGGAUUUACCGCACCGCUAUCAGUAUCGGAGGCGGAAACGUGCUCUUCGCUCUGAAAGCGGGCGCGCUAACAGUGAUCUUAUGUAUCCCAUCUUUCGUCAAGUCAUCGGCGGAGUUUGCAUAUGCAAAUAAGUUUGUUUGGGCGGUUUUCAUGGGUCAACUUACGAUAUCGCGUUUUCGCGGAGACACGACUUUCGGUCUAGUGGCUAGGAUCGCGAGCACCUUCGCUGGCGGUUUUAUUGGCACCGUCAUGUGGUAUAUUUCCACAGGGAGUGGCCGAGGCGAUCCUUAUGGACUGGGGGCCGUGUGCGCAGUCUGCUUCCCACUAUUUUUCUUUGCUCGACUUUAUUGGCCCAUCCCGCCCAUGACGAAUAUGAUCAUAUGGGUCACAUCUGCAUUGGUUGUUGGGUAUUCAUAUGAAGAUACCCAUUUGACCGUCCCUGCCUCGCCAGGAUGGGGUAUCGAUGUGGCUUGGCGUCGUUUUGUACUAGUCGUUGUAGGUGUCUUAGCUGCUGGUAUUUUCUCCCUCUUCCCUCCGUCAACAACGAUUCGUUCGUAUCAGCGACGAACACUGGCUACAACAUCAGCCGAACUUGGAGCAAUCUACUGUUCAGUUGUGUCUUACGCGAACACGCACGUAGAAGGAGACUCCACCUUCAUAGUUCAGAGCUUGUUAGCCAUCCGCAGUAAACUCAAGCGUUCACUUGUGCUGAAGCAAAACGUCAUAUACGAGUUUUCGCUGCGCGGACAAUGGCCGGCUGAGAGGUACCACAAGAUAUUGGAGAUUCAACUGCAAAUCGCUUACCUCCUAUCUCAUUUAAUGUGCGUAGCGGGGAAUCUGGAACCCGCGUGGGCUCAAGCCUUCCUCCGCCGGACACGGAUGCUUGAUUCUGAUUUCCAAGGCGAUGUACUCGCCGUCAUCAGUCUUAUCUCCCAUGCCCUGCGCACAGGCUCUCCUUUACCUCAAAUCACCCCGUGUCCCUUGCUUGACAGGUUUAUGCUCAGGCAUCAUGGCCUGAACGUAGUGCAUGAAGAGUCAGAGGAUAAUUAUGGAUUGCCGCGGACGCUCACUAUGGAAACGUUGGAGAAUUUGCAGUACCUGAUGUUCUGCGUUGGCGUUUCCACCGCUUUCGGAAUUAUCACUCGCCUCGAUCGUUUGAUGGUUGCCGUUAAAGAGUUGGUCGGCGAGCAGUAUCAUAUUGAUGGUGUGGGGAUGGGGCAUCACAGAACGUGGGCGGGAGUGGAGACGACAUCGCCUAGUCCGAUAUCUAUAAAGAAAACAGAAGUUUGAGUCGUUGAUUGUUCACGUUCAACCGUGUAGGAUUUCUUGUUUUGUUUGUAUUAGUAGAUUGUACUCAGAUCAAUCUGACUGUUCGAUUUGUUAUCGAGUA